CUGACCUCAAUAAGCACAGUCAGAAUAUCUGUCAGCUAUAGGAGCACAGGAAAACCUCAAGCAAAAUGUGCACUAAAGUGAUCUCCGCAGCUCUUGCCAUCUGCCUGCUUUAUGCCACUUGUUCUGAAGGUUUGGUGAGAAUAGCAUCAGACUUACGAUGCCAGUGCAUCAAUAAACAUUCUAAUUUCAUACAUCCCCGGUUAAUUCAGAAUGUGGAGCUCAUUCCCAAUGGACCGCAUUGUGCAAAUGUUGAAGUUAUCAUCACUUUAAAAACAGGACAAGUGGUGUGUGUGGAUCCCUCUGCUACUUGGGUUCAAAAGAUUAUCAACAAGAUAUUGGAAAGUCAGUCAGAUCCAGAAAUGACAAACUUUUAGAAAACAAGAAAACAUGAUUUAAGAAGAUUUACAUAUAUAUCCGCAGAAACAAAUAUACCAUUUUAUGCAACUGUCAAUUAAAAUGUUAUUAUUUACAUGCGCAUAUUGUAGUAGACCAUAUCUACUUAAAAAUUUAAACUUGCAUCACCGUUAUAUAAACUUAUUUGCUCCUCAACAA